UAGAUGCGAACGCAAAACUUUGGCUAUUAUAGGUCAUUAUUAUUUUCUUGAUCAACGGCCGCGCCGGCUGCGGAGAACAGCGCCAGUUGCUUGUUUAACAACUGUUUUGUGAAAGUGACAGUUUUAUGUUUUUUCUUUGGGGACAAAAUUGCAAGUUAUUGAUAAUUACUAUUAAACGAGGUAAUAGUACGGCUAGUUCAUAUCUGAGUGCUGCAGAAAUAAGUGUUCCGGUGAAGUUAUUUUUAAGAUUUAGUCUUCGGUGUUAAUUUCUACAUUCAGUGCUAACCGAAAAUUGGCAAGGAGAACAAUUAUAAACAAUUUGGAAUAAGAAUCCCGAUAAACGUAUGCAUCUUUUAACUUGGUUAGUGAAUUUUGUGGGGACUUGAUAUUCAGUAAUUGUCUAGAAGAUAAUAUGCUAUGUUAAGGUUACUUAAUGUUGACUAGUAUAUGUCCAUUAUGAUAUCUACUAAAUACCUGUUGCUAAGUUGUAUGUGGACGUUUCUUAGUACAAAUGCAACAAAAAUUCCUUUAUCAUGGACUCAGAAUCUAGAAAAAGAACGUUCAGCAAUUAGGACACCAAAAUGGAUAGACCAAAUACAUUCCCCAUCGUCCCAUUGGUACAGCGAUGAUAUUUUAGCACAAAGUGAAGUUAUAAUACCUGAACAUUUAAAGGGAGAAAGCGGAUUUUAUUUAUUAUCGCCCAACAGGCAAGAUCAAUUAAGUUAUAGUACCAUAAUAAAUCAAGACACUUCCAUACCUGUAAGUGAUCAGCAGUCUUUAAAGAAGACACGCCAAAACAAUGAACUGAAACAUCAAAGACGGAUAGAUUUUCCGAAGAAUAAAUAUUUAAGUAAAAAUCAAGGGAACGGUGAUGCAUCUGUAUCGUCUAAGUAUUUUUAUAAGCCAAAGCCAAAGAAAUAUCAAACUCUUCCUGAUGAAGUGUUAAAGGUAAAACCGUUACCAGCUCAAAAUUUUAAACAAAUAUUUAAGGCAGAAGAGACCCCAAAAUCUAUACAAUCCGUUUUAAAUCGAAGCAAUAAGCGAAAACCUUCAGUUUAUAGAGAAUAUGCAUUAUCAGCUAUACCAAGCCCAAGUUCGAAUCAAUAUGAACCUCAAAACUCAGGGUACUAUUUGACAGCACCUGAAAGUGAGGCCACAGAGUUACCUAUAUCUCUAACUACUCAAAAAGAACCCAUUCUAUUUGUCACUCAAGGGUAUAGAAAUGUUUUAUUGCAAGGAGCGAACAAACCAAAAAAGUACUUAGGUGAUUUUCAAAAUAAACAAGAAAGCAAGAAAUAUGAGAUAGGACAGGUUCCAGUAAAAAGAAAACUUAUUAAAAGACCAAAAGUUUUUAUUGAUAAUAACAACCAAGAAAACUACGAACACUUUAAUGCACCAAGUAUCAAACAAGCACAUGUUAAUCAACAUAGUGGUCCUGUCUUAAACAGACCAUCAUUAACAGAGAAUUAUCGCGAUGACAGGCUACAUGAACCAGGUGAAGAUAUUGAUAGUGAACGUGAUGAUGACGAAAGUGAUAAAAUUGCAGAUGAUGAAAAAAACGAGGAAAAUGUUGAUGCAAAAGAACCAGAUGACGAAAAUAGUGAUUAUGUCAGCGAAAAUCAGGGCGAACCCGAGGAGUUACCGGAUGAAAAGACCGAUGAGGAACAUGAAAAUGAACCGAGAGAACCGGACAAUGAACACGCUGAACCAAAACCUGUACCUACCAAGCCUAUUUACCCUGGUCAAGGAGCUUGGGCCAGAAAAAAUGUCAAACAUAGACCACAUAUAUCACAACAUAAAUUUAUUAAUCCAGAAGCAAAUGAACAAAGGCCAGAUGGAUAUGACAUAUUUGCUGAUCUAGAACAAUUUUUUGAUAGUCAGAGAAAUUCAUUCGAAAGAAAUCUUGGAAGAGGAAAUGUAAAUGCGUUCAAUAUAGUAAAAAGUGAAAUAAAACCACCUAAGGAAGUAACUCCACUGGUAGUAUACGAUCCAUUUCAAGAAUAUGGCCAUCAAAAUAAUGGUCCUGAACAGCCUAGUAAUCGUGUCAGUAUUCAGCAGGCUCCUGGACAAACAUUUUUUCAACCGUAUGUACACCAUGACCCUCAUAACAGGAACCAAGAGACAUUAAAUCAUGGACAUAUUAGCCAGCCUAAUAAUCAGGUCGAAGAAUUUGUACCACAGAGAUUGUACACUCAAGUAAGAAAUAGCGAGAACGAAAAACACUUGCCUUACGAACCAGCACGAACCGGUACUGGUCGACUUAAGGAACUCAUUAAGGAUUCCAAAGUUCAUACGGUUUACAGUGAGGAAGGAUAUGAAGAUAGCGCCUAUGACCAUGCAGGUCACGUUAAAAAAGCUGAACAGGAUGAAGGUCUGGCUAAAAAACUAAAAUACAAGUCAGAAAAAAGCAAGCCCAAGAAAGACAAAGAGAAAGUUAAAGAUAACGAGGAAGGGCAAUCAAAAAAAGUUUUAGAGACAGAAAAUCUCGAAAAACAACUUGAAGAUUCAGUACCAGCAGACAGUGCAUAUUUACCUAUAGACAAUCAAGAAAAUGCCAGUGAAGAUUAUGAACCACCGCAAUUCGUUAAUACAAAAGCAAACAUGAACAAAAACAAUAACUUUAUUAACACUCAGGAAUUAAAGACUACACAUGUGAAAGACAAGAGUAAUGGGGAUGUUCAACUUGAAAUUGAAAGCGAGGUGAAAGUGAUUAUGCAGCCAAAUAAUAGUACCAAAGCCCAUAAAUACGUUAAAAUAUACCCCAAGAUAUUGAAAGAUAUAUCCAGACAACAAAAUAAUACGGCUAAUAUUACCUCUUUAAUUGGAAAAGAGAUUGAACAAAAAUCUAUAUCAUCAAAGUACAACGAUAACACAAAUAACACUAAUUCAGGGAAAUCUGAACAAUUUAUUGCUGAUGUUGGCGAUAUUCAUAAAUCAUCCAAGCCUUCUUACAUACCAGAAAAUGUAGAGAUUAACCCCCUUGAAAAGAAAUAUGGAGAGGACAUUUUUUCAGAAGAUAUAUCGAAACUUAAAUCAAUCAAAACAAAAAUCCAGCGGAAAAAAAGAUCACCAGAAAUUUGGUUCGAAGAUGUUAAUGUAGAUACAAAGUUCAUAGACAAAAUUGAACAUAAAUUUGAACCAAAAAAGAAAGAAAAAAAGCUUGAUACAAAAAAGUAUCCCUAUUAUAAAAGAUCUGAUUUGAACCAAGAUUCUCCUUUACGAUAUGCGGAGAAUAUAAAUAACGUACCAGUAAAACAAGAUGGCGAAUUAUCUUUUUAUAAAACGGCCGAUAGACACGAAUGUCCUGACAUACCACAAAACAUAGAUCCCGUGCCAGAUCAUGUAAGAAAUGCAAAAGAAGAGGAAGAGGACUAUGAUGACGAAAAUGAAGACAAUGGGGAUAAUGAAACUGACAAUGAAUUCGUUACGCCAAAAGGACCAAGGAUAACUGAACUAGGAGAUAAAAUAGACUGUCUUAAAACAAGAUAUUUUGGAACAAAUCCUCUUGACAAUCCAAUUUUUAAAGAGAAAAAUGUAGGCCCUGUUCAAUCCAUAUUUGAAGAGUUGGAUAAAACAGUUAGAACGUUAAAAAAUAUGCCUACAGUCCCGAAAGAAACUUUUGUAGAUAAAGAAAUAAAUAACGAAGUAGAUGAGAGACCAUCUGAAAAUGAACCAACAGUCUCUCCUGAUACAUCCAUAGAAGCAACGGUUGAACAUAUCAAAGGGAAUAGUAGUGGUAUAUCAAAUAUCCAGGAAGCAGCAAGUAUUAUAACUAACACAAAAGUAGAUAACCCAUCAACAAGUCGCAAGAAUGCCAUACUGCCUUCACCAUUUAAAAUUCAUAAAGCUGCUACUGAGGCUGUAGUAUCUCUGAUUACAACUCCUAGAUAUACUAUAAAACUAACUCCAAAUAAUAUUUAUGAUCAGAUAAAAUUAUUAGAUCAUUUACCUACCGAACAGACAACUUCGUCCGCUUCAAAAAAAAGUUCUGAUUUAGAAAAUUCAAAGAAAAAAUCAGUUCAUAAGACGACAACGAUAGCUCCCGAUGGUGAUAGAAUUAAUAAAAAUUAUGGAACCCAAGAAUCUUUUCCAAAGAAUAAGCAAAUAGGACAUGAAACAAGAAAAGGAAGAAUUUUAAAAUACACGGAGCCGGUUACAAAAUUAGAAAGAAACGGUGCUGAAAAAGAUUUAGUUCUCAAAGCAGAAAAGAGUCUAAAAACAAAAGGGUUUUCGUCCGAUAACAUAAGAAGAGAAUCUAAAUCUGAAGCCAAAGAUAAAGUAAAUACAACUCCAAAUAACCAAAACAAAAGAGUUCCAAAAUUACCUCAAAUAGAACCAAAAAGAGCAUUUAUAGUGAAAGUUAUUGAACCUGAAAUAGAAAACAAUGAAGAGCAUAAAUCACAAAAAGAAAGGCCAAAAAUUUCAAAUGAACCAGAUCAAAUAACAGAUAAAUCCUCUGAUGGUACUAGUGUCAUAAAUGAACCACAAGCACUUCGAUAUAGAAAGAGAAAACCAAUGUACCAAAUAUUUGAUAUAAAUAAGUUUUUGACUACCACACCCUAUCCACUGAUUGAUAUGAGACCAAGUACAGUUCUGCCUAAAUAUAAGGUGAUCAGUGAAGUCUUUUAUAAAGAAGAGAUAAAACCAAACGAACAACUUAAUGUAUUUGCUGAUGUGUUAAAUAACAUUAAAAAUUCGAGUAAUUUUGAAUCGUUACCUAUAUAUGCAGCAUCCGAUUUUUCAGAAACGGACUAUGCACCAGCUUCCCAAAAUACAUAUAAACACAAACAUAUACCUAUUGUUAGAGUUAAAAAAUAUGAAGAUGACACGUCAAACUACAACAACAAGAAUAUCGAAGAUCUAGAGGAACUUAAUAGGGCAACAAAGUUUAGCAAGACGCAUGUAAAUAAACAAAAUGAACAACAACCUACCUACAAAAGAAGAAAAGAGUUUAACACUGAAAAUAACGAUAAUAGCAACACGAUCAGGAAUAUUGAAACUAAACCUUCUGGAAUUGUUAAUUCGUCUCGAAGAAAACAUAAGAUAGAACGACGACCAAGCACUACUACCAGUACCACAACAAAAAAUUAUAUUGAAGAUAAUGAACAAGUUAUUGGACUAGUGCCACCGGAAAAUUGGCAAUAUAAAACUAUAAUUGGCGGCACGGAAGAUUCCGAAACUGAAACUACAAAGAAAGUAAAAAUAUAUAAAGAAAUAUCAAGAAAACCGGAAAGUAAUCAGGACCCUGCACCAGUGACGGAAAUAAUAGAAGAACCUCCUCUAUCACAAACUGUGAAUAAAUAUUAUGUCAUUGGUCUCAAGCCACCGUUAAAAAUCAAACCGAAGCCUUAUUACCAGUACCUUGAUAAUAAGAAACUCAGACGAAGAGUGAGUAAUAUCGCUCACCAACGCUUAAGAAACAAAAGAGAAGCUGCCCGACCAACUUACUCUGACUACCUGCGCAAUAUUAUCACCUAA